CCCAGAAUCGAUAUUUUUCGUGCUCAGAUGACAGCUGAUCAAAUGUCAUAAAAUUGCGACGCAUCAAUAUGGCCUCGAAUUGGACAAGAAAGGACACAACACUGUUGCUCGAGCUUUAUUUAAAAUAUAAAGAUGAUAUUCCUGAACAUUAUACGAAAAACUCAAAGAUUUUGCAUGUGAUUGUUGAAGAUAUGAAAGAACAUGGAGUUUCAACCACUUAUUUAAAGCUGGACAGAAAAAUACGUAAUAUGAAGCGUACUUAUAACGGUAUCAAAAGAAAAAAUCGAGAUUCUACGAAAUGGGAGUACUUUCAUACAAUGGAUGAAAUAUUCGGUGAAACUACAAACCGAGCAAUCGAUCUGACGACUUCCGAAGAGGGGGAUACCGUAUCUGAGGAAGAAAUGGUGAUCAAUGCAGAACCUAAUGAUGUCUUUGUCCAUGAGUUGAUGGAUGAGUCCAAUUUCGGGGAUAUCAUUUCGGACAGAACACCGAAUGAAGAACAAGAUGUUGAUGUAGACAGUCCCUAUAUGAAUUUGGCAGAGGAAUUGGAAGUUCAACGACUUGAGGAAUUACGUGUGAUUCGCGCAUCUCUCCAAGAGUCCAAUAUAAUACAAAGAGAGCGAAACCAGAUUCUGCAAGAAAGAAACAAACUGAUGAGACAAUACUUAGCAUUCGCAUUAAAGCAAAAUAAACAUAUAUAAAUUUGUAUUAUAGCUGAUAAAGACAAUUACUUAAUAAAGAAUAACUAUAAAUA